ACUUUUGAGUCUCGAUUGGCAGCACAGCGCAAGAUUUCACAGCAGUCGAAGGCUGAAAUGAAGAAGAAUCUUCGCGAAAUCGAAGCCCAACUACGUCCUCAAAUCGAGACAGAAUUACGCAUUCAACUGGAACAGGCAGAACAGGCCAAAGAGGCCCGUCUUUCACGCGAGCACAUGGAGGCCCUAGCAAUGGUCAGUCAGCUACAAGGACAAGUCAAUCAGGUUCAAUCUGAUGCAGCUGCCUUUCAGCAGCAAGCUAAAGCUGCUGAGCAAUCUGUGAUGCAGGCAAAAGUGGAGAGGCAACGCUUGGUUGAAGACUUAGAGGCUCUCGGCGCUAAGCUGAAGUCGCCUGAAUCUUGA